GCGCCGCGCGUGACUCCGACCUACAGGGAAGGACUGCGGUCAGGUUAUCCAACUCCACCGUCAAGCAAGGCUAUCCAUGCUCGACUGAAUUUGCGUGCAAUAGCUUGAUCGUCGUGGAGAAGUGGGAGAAAGAGCAUCAUUGGAUGACAGACAGCACUGUAUUCCGUCGCAACUGCAACUUGCGCCCAGAGAAAACACGUUCCGUCAACGUUUACCAUCGCCCCUUGGGUAAACAAAUCAUUGUUUUUGAAUUUCGAUAGUAGGAAUGGGGUAGCUACUUCCUUUUCUAGCUGCAGAUGUUGGCGUCCGCUCUUUGCCUGGUGCUGAAGGGAUGUGUGGGCUGGAAGUCCUAGGGCACUGCUAGCCCACCUCUGAUCAGAGAGAACGCAGCACUGUGUCCUCAACACACUGCCUGCCUGCCUGGGGAGACCAGCCACCACAUCCUCACAGCAUUGGAUGCAGCUGGCUCAAAAACAGAGGAAGAAGCGUGACCGGCUGUCUGUGGUGUUGUGAUGAUGAGGGGAUAACGGGGCUGAGGGCCCUGAGGUGGACUGGCACAGUUGAAGCAGCAGGCCAGGGUUAAGCCAGGGGAGGGGAGGCAGGCGGUGGGCGCCCACCGUCCAAGGACUAGGAGCCACCAUUUCUCGGGUGGUAUUGCCGGCGCGGAGGAGGGGCGCCGUACGGAGGUUGGAGGCUCUCUGGAUGAUGACCAGCCUGUUCCGCCGCCACAGCAACAGCAGUGGUAACCAUGGUGAUGUGGCUCCGCACGAGGAAAGCCCUGCUCCAGGCGAACUCAACAACAGUCGUCCCGGUGGGAGUGGGCGCACGGUGCGGCGUCUGGAGUUCAACCAGGCCAUGGAGGACUUCAGGACCAUGUUCCCCAGCAUGGAACAGGACGUGAUAGAGUGUGUUCUGCGGGCCAAUCACGGAGCCGUGGACUCCACCAUCGACCAGCUGCUCCAGAUGAGCCUAGACGGACACGGCUCUAACGACAGCUCUGACUCGGAGGACAGCCUUCCUCCUGAGAUCCUGGAGAGGACGUUGGAGCCGGACAGCUCUGACGAGGAGCCCCUGCCGGUCUACUCCCCGCCCUCCUAUGACAUGCACAUCUACGACAGGAAGUACCCAGACGAGGUCCUGCCCACAGCCUCACCACCUCCCAGCUUUGAUGCCAGUCAAACUCCUCCCUGCCAGCCCCCUCCUUGUCCACCCCCCCCUGCCAGUCAAUGGCAGGUUGGCAGUUACAGGAACUGGAACCCACCGUUACUAGGCAACCUCCCUGAUGACUUCCUGCGGAUCCUGCCUCAGCAGCUGGAUAGUCUGCCAUGCUCAUACACCAGCCUAAUGCAGAGUAGUCUGACCCAGCCCUCGUCCUCUUCAUCCCUGUCGUCCAUGACGCAGCAGGUUCAGCCGGGGGCGGGGGCCAGGGCAGGCCAGGUUGGCAUGGAGACUGAGCAGGAGAGGAAGCUGAAGCAGUACUUGGGAGAUGAGCGCAUCGCACUCUUCCUGCAGAACGAGGAGUUUAUGAGGGAGCUGCAGCGCAACCGCGAGUUCCUCAUCGCCCUUGAGAGAGAUCGGCUGCAGUAUGAGUCAAAGACAUCCAAGUCCCAUCAUUCAACAGCUUUCAUGGGGAUGUCCACUCCAGGAGAUAAUUGUGCCUCAGGCUCUGGGGAGGCCUGCACCGAUGUUACAGACGAUGCCUUGUUCCGUGACAAACUCAAGCACAUGGGCAAAUCUACACGGAAGAAGCUUUUUGAAGUCGCUAGAGCUUUCUCUGAAAAGACCAGAAGAAGAAAAACGAAAAGGAGAGCCCUCUUGAAACACCAUUCACUGGAUAAUGCUGCCUCCACUGCCAACCUCUUGGAUGACGAAGAUGCCGGACACCUGAGUGAGAAGGACAACCAACUUAAGAGAUCAGGCCCUCAGGAAGAGGAGGUGCCCCAGCAGGAAGUGUUGUCAUGAUUUCUCAUAUUGUUUAUCCUGUGUCAAUGGAAGAACAACAUGGUUCACACUACACUUCUGGACCUGAACCAGACCGUCCGAAUUCCCAUGGAAUAUUGUUGCCUUUAGAUGCUCUUCAGGACUGGGAAAUUUUAAGUCGUAAGUCCAACAUGACUGAUUUGGAAGUCAGAGCAAUUUGUCAACCAAUGACAUUUUAGCUAGCAAAAUGAGCUAGCUAAUAUUGCUAAUGAUAAAGUUAGCUAGCUUUCUUAGCUAUUAUCCACAUUGAUAAGUUUGAUGGCAUCAAAGGUGAAAGGUCAGUGAUGAAACGUCACAACUCUUAAAUUGAGUAUCAUCUCCAUCUCCGACUUUCCCUCUACGAAUUCCAAAUUGGGUGGGUCGUUCAAGUGCUUAUUUCCCAGUCGAAACACUGUAUUUCCCAAUUCCGAGUAGCAUUUGAAGGCCGUCUUUUGAUUUCUUGUUUCAGAAAUCAACAAACUAGCUAGUUAGAUGCAUUUUUGUAUGAUUUAAAUGACAUUUUAAUAUAAAAUAUAUAUUGUUAUUGAUGGUGAAUAUUAAUAAUGUUAUGAUUUUAUUUUAAUGUAUUACUCAUUUUGAAUUAUUCCUGAUAAUUUCUGGGUGAUACAGUGAAAGCUGGAGUUGUAAUUCCGAUACGACUCAGGAGUCUAGUGCAUUUUACUUGCAUAUGAAUGGAUUUGAACAUAUUUAUACUGAACAAAAAUAUAAACGCAACAAUUUCAGAGAUUUUGCUGAGUUACAGCUCAUAUCAGGAAAUCAGUCAGUUGAAGUAAAUAAAUUAGGCCCAGAUCUAUGGAUUUCACAUGGGCAGGGGUGCAGCCAUGAGUGGGCCUUGGAGGGCAUAGGCCCACCCACUGAGUACCCACUGGGGAGAAUGAGUUGUUCCCCACACAUGGGCUUUAUUACAGACGAUCCUGCAGGUGAAGAAGCUGGAUGUGGAGGUCCUGGGUUGGCCUGGUUACACGUGGUGUGUGGUUGUGAGGCCGGUUGGGCGUACUGACAAAUUCUCUAAAACAACA